UUUCAGGACGGCUCUAGCCAGCACAGCACAGGCCCAUGGGGCUUCUGGUUGCCUUCCCUAUCUGUGUGUCAGCACGUUCAGUUUGAAAGGCUUCAUCAGGUUAAAGAGUGGUUACCAGGAAUUCUCUCUGGGAAAAGCAAAUUUGCAAUUCUGAUGGUAAGUUAUAUAAGUAGAACACUUGGAGCCUUAAUUUUAUGGCAAGGCAGCCUGACAAAGCCUAUUAAAAGGGACAGAAGACUCACAAAAGGCAUGUGUGCUGGGGCCCCGGGGUGCUGCUAGUGUGAGCUGGGCUGGCGGAUGGCGAGGGGCUGGGCACUGCAUGGUUCUGACUGUGGUGCUGUUCCUGCAGGUCUCCCGGGUGCCGGGCCCGGUACACAGGGGUCCGGAGCUGCCAUGACGACAGGUGACUGCUGCCACCUCCCCGGCUCCCUGUGCGACUGCCCGGGAAGUGCCGCCCUGUCCAAGUCGGUGGAGGACUCGGACAUGGGCCGCCCGCAGUACAUCACACAGGUCACCGCCAAGGACGGGCGGCUCCUCUCCACAGUCAUCAAGGCGCUGGGCGCCCAGAGUGAUGGUCCCAUCUGUCGAAUCUGUCAUGAAGGUGGAAAUGGGGAGGGACUGCUUUCCCCAUGUGACUGCACAGGAACACUGGGCACCGUGCACAAGAGCUGCCUGGAAAAAUGGUUAUCCUCCUCCAACACAAGUUACUGUGAGCUCUGCCACACAGAAUUUGUUGUAGAAAGAAGACCAAGACCCUUGACAGAGGUCUCGUUCCGCUACCACUGCCAGCUGUACUCGGAGUGGCGAAGGACCAACCAGAAAGUCCGCUUGAUGAUCCCAGCCUCGCGGAGCCCUCACUCUGUGCCCCACUCCCUCCUCUCUGCCAAACUCGUGAAGAAGACAGCGGAUGAGACCACUGUCUGAGCCGUCCCACGGCCAGCCGAGGUGGAGGGUCGAAUGUCCCCAAAGGCCCAGGGAACGUGGUAGCUGUGAGGGCACUGGAAAACAGUCAUCCCACCCAAAGGUGCACUCAGCACAUGCUUUAGACCUUGGCAAAGAGACACUUAAUCAACAUCUGUGUGUGAAAUGGCCCAAAAGAGCCUGAUGGCAGAAAAUGCCUGUUUGCAGGGACACUUUCCUAUAAUGAAAUACCAUACGUGGAAACCAUCUCUCUCUCUCUCUCUCUCUCUCUCUCUCUCUCUCUCUCUCUCUCUCUCUCUCUCUCUCUCUCUCUUUAUAUAUAUAUAUAUGUAUAUCUAUAUAUAAUAUUAUUUUUUAAUGGCCAUGCAUAUUGUGUUUCAAUCCUUUUGUGUUGAUGUUCUAAGCUUCAGGAUAGAAGCUGGCAACCUGAUCUCAUUUAGAGGUUAAAUCAAUGCCUUUUCUCCAAAUGAGCAUAUGAAGAAGACUCUUGAUCAACCAUUCUUGAAAGUCCCCUUCUUCUUUGCACUAAAUUGGUUUUGAUAUACUGCAGCAGCCUUCCUGUUACUCUUUGGUCUCUUUUGUGGUGUUCUGUCCUUUCUAGAAAGUUGAGUGUUUUUAAUAAUUAUUAUAAUCCCAGAAGGAGUACAAUUACAUAAUACUGAAUGGAGACACUUUGUAUUGUAAAGUACUGUAAUUUUGAGAAUUUCAAAAUCAGUUUCAGGAUGAGAGAAUCUUUUCCAGUACAGACAUGAUUUCACAAAAUGUUUUCCUUGAGAUCGUGGCUCAUCCCCAGGACUCCGAUGCACUCAGCCCUUGCCUGUCUGGCAAAGGUAGAUGGAGGAUCCGAGAGUGGGGAGAGAUGGCUCCACACUAGCUAAACCCUUUUGCUCUGAAAAGAUUGAGAAAGGAGCUUUCCUGGCCCCAGAAGGUGGGAGUUGGAGUCUCUGUUUGCUGAUGUCCUUUAGCCACCUUGAGGCUGGAGCUCCUGUAGCAAUCAGUUUCACUCAUACCUUAGGGGACAGGCCAUACCCUGUGGCGCCAGCAGGUGCUCUUGGCUGUUCUCUGUGCUUACUUGCACAUUCCAGAGGAGCUGCUGGGAUUCAGUUCAUCCCUGGUAGCGCUGCCUACCUGUUGUGUCCUCUAGUGAAACCCCCUCAGUUUGCUGGUUCCCAGAGAACAGGCUCUGGGUCCUUUGUCCCGUGGUGUGCCUCCUCCUCCUCCUCCUUUCACCUCCAUUUCCAGCACAUGCAACUCUCAAAGCCCUCUGUUUCAGAGUGCCCCCUCUGCCAAGAGUCCUCCUGGUUUGGAUUUGGUCUUUGCCUCUGUCACCUCCUCCCCUGCCAGACAGUGCCCAUGCCUGGUGCUGAGCCUCCCGAGUGGCACAGGCUGUGAGGAUGCUGGCGGUGACGCUGCCUUACUGUGUGCUCCAGCUGCUUUGCUGGAGCCUGGGCUCUGGCUCUGUGGUGGUGAGGAUAGAGAGUAGGCAGAAGGUAGGCUCUGAGGGGCCUGUGUCCUCGCAGUGGGUGGUGGUGGUCAUGCCCUAUGUCCCUCUGCCCCUUUGCUGAAAGCAAGUUUAUCAGUGCAAUGCCCUGCGAGAUGAAGGUCUGUAAUUUCCUGAAUUCAAAGCACCAUGUGCAGCCCCGGACCCUGGUCUCUGUCUGCUGUCCUCUCUCUCCUCUGCCAGGGUUCUGGUGCAGCUUGGGCAUACUCCAACACAUCUUGCAGCAGCCUCUCUAUGCCCUGAGGUCUGCUCUGGUCCUUCUUCCAAGCCUGAGCAGCUGGUGUGACCGCAGGGUGAAUGUCCUCUGCUACAGCCAGGCUGCACAUCUCUGCUCCCCUCUCUUGGCAAGCCCCUGACUGUCCCUUCCCUUCUUCCACAUACCUAUGGGUGUUUGCCCUUUUCUCAGUCAUGCACUCAUGCAGGGGUUACUCUGUUCCUGGUACUCUUGGUGGAGAGGCUGCUGCAGUCUGUGGUGCAGUCCCAUCCCAUUCCCAUGCAGGCACUCCCUGCUCUGCACACCCCUUCCAUGGCAGCAGGUUCUGCACCACUGCUCUGUGCCUUGUCCUGGGUGCCCCUUCCUUCAGCCCCUUCCCAACAACCCCCUUGUCACCAGGACAUCAUCAGUGAAGAAAAAUGAGGGAGGUGGCUUAACCUUCCCGGCCCUGGCUGUCUCCCAGGAGCUUGGCCCUGCAAUGCACUGAGUUCUGAUGGGUGAUGAGGGAUGCUCUCUCCCACAGUGUGUCCCCAGGGUAAGGAGUUCAUGGAGCCUGUGUUCCAGUUAAGAAACCCAUUGUCAAUCCAAAUAUGCAACUGUGAAAACCAGAAGCCCCUGGCUGGGGCAGUGGGGGCCCAGCCCUGUGCUGCUGUGUGGCUGUGGCUGCACUCAGCAUCCAUGGCUUUAUUGUCAUUGCCAAUUAUCGGAGUUGUUGCAUGUGCCCCUGCAAGACCCAGUAGUGACUCUUUGAGUCUUGUCCUCCUUCCCAGAGGAGUUGUUUAGCUUGUGGAUGUGGGCAAUUGGUGUCUGACCCACCGCGUUCCAGUGCAUUCUGGGGAAAUGGGCUGUGCAAUGAUGUAAAUAAAAAUGAGACAAACUUUG